AUGUCCGAGCCUCGCAAACGUAGACGUCCCGCCUAUUCAUGCCUCGAAUGCCGCCGUCGAAAGGUGCGAUGUGACCGCAACCAGCCUUGUGCCCAAUGUACGGCGCACGGCGCAUCGUGUGUCUUUGACCAGCCCCCGAACCGAGCCGACAGUCCACCAGCCCAGGAGAAGCCCCAGAAUGACUCCAAUGUCCCCAUCCACGGCACCGUCUCCAAGACGCGUGUCUUUGGCCCUGGUCACUGGAUGAGCACUGUCCUAUCUAAGGACGAACCCUACCGUGGCCCUCUAGCCGCCUGCCAGGAGAUUUAUGAAGAGCCACCAGAGGAUCUGGCCCGGACGGUGGCUCAGUGCAAGCAGUUGGCGCGCGAUAUCAAGAACCAGCGUCCUAGCCGGAGCUGCCUACCGGCCGAUCUGCAUCGCUCCGUCCCAGACCGACCCGUCCUAGACGAGCUGUUGCAUCGGUAUACCCUCUCCUUUGAAUCUUCCUACCGCAUCCUGCACGUUCCAUCGCUGCACGAUGACUAUCAGGCCUUUAUUGACCAUCCCGAUGGGGUCUGCAGCGCUAUCCUGGUGCAAUUGUUGUUGGUCCUGGCUGUCGCGGGCCCCCUUCAUGAUGACCCCGAAGUACGGCGCGAUAUGGCCACCAAGGCACGCUUCUGGAUACACUGGGCGCAGACAUGGCUGUCAGCGCCGCUGGAGAAGGACCGCUUAACCAUCCAGGGCCUGCAGAUCCAUUGCCUCCUGCUACUUGCGCGCCAGGUUCAUCGCGUUGGUGCCGAUUUGGUGUGGAUCUCGGCGGGCUCCCUGGUGCGUAUGGCCAUGCAGAUGGGCCUCCACCAAGAUCCUUCCAAUCUGGGCGAGCAUCGCAUGCGUCCGGCGGAAUUGCGUCGUCGUCUAUGGUACACCAUCCUCGAGAUGAACGUACAGGCGGCAUUGGACGCAGGCAUGGCACCCAUGAUAUCCGAAUCUGAUUACAAUACUCAGCUGCCUUCCAAUGUCGAUGAUGACCAGCUGGAUGAGUCUACUCCAUCGGGAGACACGUCGUCAGAGCCCUCGUUCCAAGGUCUACUGGCGCGUUCUUUGCCGCGACGACUGGAGUCCGUGCGCUUCAUGAACCGUCUGCAGGAGGAGCCGUCGUACGACCAGGUGUUACGUCUGGGUCAUGAACUAGACGACGUGUGUCGCGAUGCUGCUACGGCAAUGGAACAGAUGGUUAUAUCUACGGAUCGUCAAUUUGCAGCUAGUCACUGCAUCCACCUUUUGCGUCGCUUCCCUCUCUGUCUGCAUCUCUCUUACGCCGCACGCGUCUCCCAGAACCCGCUAUACAGCUACUCGCACAAGGUGUGUCUGGACGCAACCGUGGACCUGGUCUCGCUGCUAGACGACGAACUCUACCAUCGUCUACUACUGUCUGGCGGCGGCAUGUUCCGUGAUAUCAUCACCCGCGGGGCGCUGUGCAUCUUCAUGGAACUUGGGACGCAUCUCGAAGCGGAUAGUCUCAACUUCGCGCGCAAGAGAACCCGCGCUCGUCAGGAACCACUGCUACGGGACGCUCGCCGCAUCGUGCAGUACGCCCGAGAUCGCAUGUUGCACGGAGAGACUAAUAUCAAGGGAUACCUGUUUCUGAGCAUGGCUAUGGCGCAUAUCGAGGCGCUGCUGGAUGGUAAGCCCCCCAGGGAGGCUGCCGUCGCCGCGGCGCAUCAGAGUCUGGAAACCUGCCAUUCCAUCCUGCACACUGUUGCAGAUGAGACGGAGACGUCCCAGCAGAUGGGCCUGGAGUUGUGGUCUCAGGGUAUAGAAUCAACUCAGGGGGUACUGGAGACAGAUUUCGACUUUCUAGAGCAUCUCAACCUGGACAGAUUGGGAUGGACGGGGUGGGCGGAAUGGACGGGAACGUUAGAAUAA